GGCGCGGGUUUGGCGCUCAGUUUGAGCGGGGACGGCCCGGGAGCGGGGGCUGCUGCUCCUUCCCGCCCGUCCUUCCCGCUCCUCAUUCCCGCCGCUCCUUCCCGCUCCUCCUUCCCGCCAUGUUCGUCUCCGACUGCCGCCGGGAGUUCUACGAUGUGAUUGUCACCCAGCGUGUUCUUCUUCUCGUUGCUUCAGAUGUUGAUGCAUUAUGUGCUUGUAAAAUACUCCAAGCCCUGUUCCAGUGUGACCAUGUGCAGUACACCCUCGUCCCAGUGUCUGGAUGGCAGGAGCUUGAAACUGCCUUUCUGGAGCACAAAGAUCAGUUCAAAUACUUUGUUCUUAUUAAUUGUGGUGCCAAUGUUGACCUCCUGGAAAUCCUGCAACCUGAAGAAGACACUUUUUUUUUUGUGUGUGACAGCCACAGACCUAUCAAUGUAGUGAAUGUUUACAAUGACACACAGAUUAAGCUGUUAGUCAAGCAAGAUGAUGAUCUCGAUGUUCCUGCCUAUGAUGAUAUCUUCAGAGAUGAGGAGGAGGAAGAAGAGGAUUCAGAGAAUGAAAGUGAGGGGUCAGAACCUUCAGACAAACGCAGACGUUUUGAAGAGGAUGUGAUAGAGAGGACGGUGAGAAGGCGACAAAGGCGAGAGUGGGAAGCACGCAGACGAGAAAUUCUCUUUGAUUAUGAGCAGUAUGAGUACCAUGGGACCUCAUCUGCGAUGGUGAUGUUUGAUCUGGCCUGGGUGAUGUCCAAGGACUUGAACGACAUGCUGUGGUGGGCGAUUGUUGGCCUUACAGAUCAAUGGGUCCAAGAUAAAAUCACACAGAUGAAGUACGUGACGGACGUGGGGGCCCUGCAGCGCCACGUGUCCCGCCACAACCACCGCAACGAGGACGAGGAGCACGCCCUGUCCAUCGACUGCACCCGCAUCGCCUUCGACUACGAUCUGCGCCUGGCCCUGUAUCAGCACUGGUCUCUCUAUGAAAGUCUCUGUAAUACCUCCUACACCUCUGCUAGACUUAAGCUGUGGUCUGUACAAGGGCAGAAGAGGCUCCAGGAGUUUUUGGCUGACAUGGGUUUGCCUUUGAAGCAAGUGAAACAGAAAUUUAAUUCCAUGGACAUGUCUUUGAAAGAAAAUCUUCGGGAAAUGAUUGAAGAAUCUGCAAACAAAUUUGGAAUGAAAGAUUUAAGAGUUCAGACCUUCAGCAUUCACUUUGGCUUUAAGAACAAGUUCUCAGCAAGCGAUAUAGUUUAUGCAACAACUUCUCUUAUGGAGAAUAUAGAGAAAGAGGGGCCUGAAACAACUAAUUUCAUUAAAGCUUUGGACAGUCUCUCCAGGGGUAACCUGGACAAGCUGCACCAAGGACUGGACCUGGCCAAGAAGCAGCUCCGUGCCAUUCAGCAGACAGUGGCCAGCUGUAUUUGCACCAACCUGGUCAUUUCUCAGGGGCCAUUUCUCUAUUGUUCCCUCAUGGAGGGCACACCAGAUGUGAAACUAUUUUCCAAACCCGUGUCUCUGUGCCUGCUUAGUAAAAACUUACUCAAAUCAUUUGUUUGCUCUACAAAAAACAAGCGCUGUAAACUGCUGCCCCUGGUCAUGGCUGCACCCAUGGAUGUGGAACAGGGAACUGUGAUCAUGGUGGGCAUCCCUCCAGAGACAGAGAGCUCGGACAAAAAGAACUUCUUCGGGAGGGCCUUUGAGAAAGCGGCGGACAGCACCGGCUCCAGGACACUGCACAACCAUUUCGACAUGUCCAUAAUUGAAUUGAAAACAGAAGAUCGGAGCAAAUUUCUGGAUGCCCUCAUUUCCCUCUUGUCCUAAUGUGGUGCUUUUUGGCUCCCAGUGCUGGAAGCUGAGGAUCAGACCCUCUGCAGUUAUUUGGGAUGUUCCAAAGUUCGUGGUGCUGCAGUUGUGAUGUAUCUUGCUUUGUCUUAGGAACUGGUACAGGCCUGGACUGUUGUUUUUAUGCCUCUUGGGAGGUCAAAAGGAUUUUGACCUCAGCACACAGAUAUUGAACACUUGUUUUUGUGAACAUCCCACCCCUGUAAGGGGGAUUCCUAAACAGGACUUCUCUUUGUCAAACUUGCUUUUAUUACAGACGUGCUUCUGUGAUGUGUAGUUGGUGACUGACGAGAAAAAAUAGGUUUUGAAGAAGUUCCAUAUUUAUAUUACCACUCAAAUGUGCUUUUAAAAUUGGCUUAAAUGCUUUUUAUUUUUUAAAUGAACUAUUUGAGACUCUACUUGAAAUUCUAGAAUGUUGAAACUGUUUUUGGUACUAUGGGGUUGAAGUCUUGUAGUUUAGUUAAAAGAAUUGUCUUGUGAGACAAGUUCUAAGAUUUUAGGGCUUUUAAAAUCCAAAUACUGAGUAACUGCCAAAUACCAAAUGAAAAAUUUGAGGAAUUCCAGUGUUAAUAAAGCCUUUUUAGUCGUGCAUUGUGAUAGUGUAUUGCAGCUUGACUUGGGAAUAAUUUUCCUGGAAAGAGUCUAAAGUACUGUGAUGAUUCUGUUCCAUAACAGAUUUCAUUUUACUUUGGUCAUAUGAAAUGAAAUGGCUUGUUGGCCUUAACCUGCUGUGCAUUGGUGGGUGUGUAAAUGUGUACAUUUGGAAUUCUUUUCUUCUUGCAAUGUUUACUUGAAUUCUCUGUGACUUCAAUGUUUUCAUGUAUUAUAAGGAGUAUCUAAAGGUUAUGCAUCAUUACAUCAAUUUUGUACAUAUUUUAAAACAGAUUAAUUUAAUAUUACACAUGAUUUAAAUGUAGCCAACAGAAACCUAAUUAAACUAUAUAUUUUUAUUCAAACAAAAGUG